AUGGAGGAUUCAACCUCCCGGUCAUUUGAAACUUUCGAGUCCAAGCAGCCGUUUCCCCCUCUGCUUGAUGAUCUCACUUCGCCUGGGGCGCAAGAGAGCUAUGCGGAGGACGAGGUCAUCUCCCCCGGUUGCAAUGAGAUCGAGGUUGAGGAUGAUGCCGAUUUCCAGUCGCACUACUCGCUAGAUCCUCAAUCGCUCUCUGAUUCCGAGUCCGACGACUCGGCCGACGAUAUUGGGAGGCAUCAUCCCUUCCGACAGUCAUCCAGCUCACUUCAUGGCCCUAAUGCUUUUGCGCCUCCUUUUUACAAUCGUCCGCCGACACCUUUGCCUCCGUCUCCUUCAUUGACAUCGCUGCUUCGACCGCCCUUUUCGACGACUACCUCACGUCCGACCACUCCAGAUAGCUCCGAUGUUGAGACCCCCAAUGACACCGAGGCCGCCGUGGCGAAGUCAGCGCGUCGCGCAACAACCGUCCCCCGCGCCAGCCCCAAGGUACCCACAUAUGAAUAUUAUGGCUUUGUGCUCUAUCUAGCUUCGUCGCUUGCAUUCUUAAUUUAUCUCCUUUGGUCAUACCUACCAUCCCCAUUUCUCCAUCAGCUCGGAAUCUACUACUACCCCAACCGCUGGUGGUCCCUAGCUAUUCCAGCAUGGCUCGUCAUUUUCAUUGUCUAUAUUUACGUCGCACUCGCUUCCUACAACACUGGCUAUCUGACUCUGCCCAUGAACAGCAUUGAGAAUAUUGUGGAUGAAGUUGCGAACGUAGCGGUCAUUGACGGAAAGGCUCGAAGAAGACCAGGCGGGGCAACCAAGAUGAAGCCCGGUGCGACAUCCUACCAAAUCAUGAGCGCGCAGAAUCGCAAAGUCAACUGGUGGGAAAUCUGGAGUGAAGGAACUGAUGCCGUUAUGGAUAUCCCGGUCGGCGGGGUGUGCGAGGUGUUGUACGGUCAAGAGCGCGAUGAGGAUGAAGCAAAAUGUCAGCAGAUCGGCCUCAAACCCCCCCCGCGCCAAAACUUGGCUGAGCCGGGCCAACUCCCUCGCGGCCCACUGACGCCCGAACAGCAGCGGAGGAUUGAAGUGAACCGAAUGAAAGCAAAAGCUCUUCGUGAACAACGUGCAGCCGAGCUGUCUCAAACCUCUAGCCCUGCUGUUCCUCCUCGCGCCGCCCAAUCCAUACAAGGAGUGAAGCGUUCUUUUAACUCGAUAACUGGGGCUGAGCUUCCGGCUUCUUUACGGGAUGCCCGUACAAAAGCAGCUUCUGAUCGGUCGCUCCAUGCGAUCAAACCCGCGCGCAAUUUUACUCGAUACGUCGAUUAUGAUUUCAGCAAGAUGACCGAUACCAAGGGCGGCUUCCUAACGCAGGAGGACGACCCAUUCAACAAGGCGUUGCACGUGUCGGAUGGGCAAGAGGACCAAAAGCCGGCAAACAUGACCCAGAAGGAAUGGGAACGUCACCAACUACUGCAGUCCCUGCGGCGGAACCGCGAAGGGCCUUUCGAGCCAGGUUUAAGUGUCCUGGACGAUAAAAGCAAGCAAAAGACGUGUCGCGAGUGUGGAAGUCCAGAAAUUGAUUGGAAAUGGGAAGAAGAGCUCCGAUGUCGCAUCUGUCAUUCUUGCAAGGAAAAAUACCCCGAGCGGUAUAGCCUUCUCACCAAGACGGAAGCCAAGGAGGACUAUCUACUGACGGACCCUGAAUUACGAGACGAAGAGCUUCUUCCGCACCUCGAACGGCCGAAUCCGCAUAAAUCGACAUGGAAUAACAUGAUGCUUUACCUGCGCUUUCAGGUUGAAGAGUACGCAUUUUCGCCAAAGAAAUGGGGCUCUGCCGAGGCUCUAGAUGCUGAAUUCGAGCGCCGCGAGAAUGACAAGAAGAAGCGACGAGAAGCCAAGUUCAGGACGAAGCUGCAUGACCUAAAGAAACGUACGCGCGUUGAGGCCUACCGACGAAACCGUCAAGGAGCCUCUGGAGGAGAGUUCGGAGAUGACCUGGGCAACAAUCGGAAGCACGUACACCAGUGGGGUCGAUCCGUUGAGAACCCGGAGACUGGCAUCGGCGUCAAGACCUGUGUGGACUGCGGCAUGGAGGUGGAGGAGCUGGAAUUUUAA